AUGGUUAAUCCGUUCCGAGAACGCAAAUGGACGAAGAUAUCUGCGACAGCGUUUAUUUAAGGCUCUACUUUUUAACGCUAAUUAUUGAUCUUGUUCAUUCUCGUCCACAAAGAAAUCAUUUACGUGUUCUACAAGUUGAUAGCACUAACAUCUCUUCUAACAUACGAUCCUCCUAGUAUCCAUGCUCUUUCUCUUCUAACAACAUGAUAAUCCGAAGGCUACCAUCAUAUACUUAAUUCGAGAGAACUCGUACAUGCUUGAGAACUAGCCCGAUAGAUUUGUAUAGAAACCCGAUAGAUCUAGUAUAAUAAUCCGAGCUAGAUUGUAUAAAUAGCCGGAUAGCUAGUUCUGAUUCCCAUGUUGAUAGCUUCUGAUUCCUUGAAAGAGCUCUUUCUCUUCUAACGUACGAUCCUCCUAGUAUGGUUGUGGACAUGCGGCCAUCUCAUGGCAUGGAACUACAAGCCGCAUCCGGAUCAGUCGAGGAACUGGGGAUGUCAUUACAUUCAUCAACUGCCAAACGCGGUUUUGAGGAUGUUUGGUAUUUUUAUGCUUUUGAGUUUUUGAUUUACUUGGUUACCGUAGUUCCUCUAUUUCGUACAAAAAACUUCUACAACUCCUUCUACCUGUCGGUUGAAUUCAACAUACUUCAUCAAGUAGCUCCAAAAGAUAAACAAAAGCAACCAACAAAACUACAACCAAAAAGACAGAUUGAUAGCCUCGAGCAAAACUACUCCAAACUCCAAGCCCACAUCAACCAAAAACAGUGAUCCCGUUUCCUCUGGGUGCGUUGUUGAUGAUUGUCGGUACGGGUCGAUAUCCGUUGACUACGUGGCCCAACGUUUUUUGCUGUUUUGCGCACAUUUUUUGCGGUUUCUGUCUCUGGUUCAUGGCUGUGGCUGAUGAGUUGCCAGGAAUAGAAACGGAAAACGACGAAUAUGUUAAGGAUGCUUGUUGUUACCUCCCACUGAAUCAGUAUAAUUUGAAUUUGUUUCAAACUAAAAGCAUCCUUUUUAUCCUGAUGAAACAAAGAAGUUGUCUAAAAAAACUUAAGAUGACAAGUAGUACAUUAAUCCAUCUCAAGAUGAUGUUCCGAACCUAUUCGGCUGCUUCUCAUCUUAAGACGGACAUGAUUAUAGGCUUGAGACAGCUGAAUUAUACAUAGGGUCACCAGGAGCACUAGCUCUUCUAAUUUUGGGCUAAAGCAAUAUUCACUGUACCACAGUAUACCAGGGACGGCAGCAUAUUGCGUUCUCGAGUUCGCCCGAGACGUUGCAGCAGUGAUGUGCAUAGCUGACGCGAUAGUGAUAACACGUUUUUACAGACAGUGGAUGAGGCAGAACGUACUAUGUCUUGUCAGUCUACCGUCCGCGCCGUUGAUACUUACAACAUAGGGCUGGAAGAAGAUGAUCGUGUUCGUGAGCAUCAUUGUUUCUUUUAGCUCUUAGAAAGUUAGAGGAAUAGAAGCAGGAGUUUAUUCACCGUGGUGCCUUGCCCAUUGCCACGAAAAGGAGACACACAAUCAAGAUCAACUACAAGUACAGCAUUGAUAGAAGACAUUUUUCACUCCACAUGUUUUCAUCUCGCUUGUUGUUGCGAAGAAUCAUCUGAGAUGCACUGAUGAUGACUUUUCUACACCGUCUUCAAUAUGAUCACAGGCUGCGCGUGAGAUUGAUGAUGCGCAGAGAAUGGCGAAGAUCGUGAUCGAAUCAGUCGAGAACCGCAAGAACGGCAUCAACUUGAACGAUUCCACGCAGAGAGAACUAGCUCUUUUCCAACGCCGACAGUGGACACAGAAGGCCUUUUACAAUUAUGGCUUCCCCUUAUCCAUCCCCGAAAGCAUCUCGGAGACGUUUUCAACGGGAAAUAAGCACUCUCAGGAUGAACUACGAGAUGGAUUAGGGUGAGCGCUAAGGCCGACUUGUUUUCCUCUUGCAGAUUAUCGCAGUUCUCUCGCUGUUGCACAUAGUUUCGAUUUUAUGGAAAAAUUGCCUUCCUACAUCGCAACUACAUCUUCGUCACUUCGUCAAGUCGCAUACCCUGCUUACCUUUCACUUCGUCCCUUCCUUUACCUUAACCUUUCAUCCCUUCGUCAAGUAAGCAGUACUAGUCGACGCAUACUCUUACUCCCUUCCGCUCCCUCAUCAUGAAGAAUCUUACCCUUCUAAUUUUCUUGUUCACCCUUCACGAGUACGGGUUCCACAACCUGAUGUUGACGUAUUUUGGACUCGCCAGUACGAGGAACCAUCCCUACGCACUUCAGGCGCCCUUUGUGAGAGACAUGAUCUACACAUUCAUGUAUUUCUAUGUAGGGACUUUUCUUCCUCUGGCGGCGGCGCAAUGGCAGUAGUGCGGAACAUGUGCUAGAAGUCUACUAGAAUUACUCAAAUGACUACCAGAACAAAUUUGUCUUGAAACUACGUAACGAACCUGAUUAUUUACACGCCAAAACGCUUCGUUUGAAGAUAUUUAAAUCAAAAUUUGGGAAGAAAAUUUCGGACUGUAUAAUUGUAAGUCAACGUAGGUUUAGUUGCCUGAUGAAUUGAUUGAAGAUUGUAGAUCAUACAUACAUUCAUAGUUUCUCCACAAUAAUAUCCACAUUGACAUAUUACAAUGAAAAAUAAGAUCUUGCACGAAGAACAUGAAAAAUAUGAUCUUGCGUCGUCUUGCC